AUGGCUCCUACGCUCAACCAGCAACAGAAUAAAUUCUUCGAGACUCUUUCCGAAUGCGACCGAGCCGCCCUCAACGGCAUGAAUCCUGCUUCGAAAAAACAAAUGAUCGAAAGGAUGAUCGCCUCUCACAAGAGGGUCGCGGACAAAGUGUCGGCCUCAUCAUCAUCCGACGUUUACGUCCGAACACCGUCCUUCGCCAUCAGAGGCGACACCGACUCCUGCAUCCUCUGCAGCGGGGCAAGCGCGGACUUCCAUCAAUCACACUUUAGUUUCAUGUGCCCCAAACCAUGCUACCUCUUUGUGGCUCAAACGGCCAAGGAAGGGCAACGUCCCGAGAAGGCUCCCCUCACGUGCGAAUCAUGCCAACUGCCCAUGGCCACGCACACCGCCUACUGGCCGCGAAACGACGAAGGCGGCAACCGCCGCUAUAAUCACGUCAACGCUACGGAAUGCAUCCCAAACGAUGCCGAUAAGGGCAAGUGCGGCAUGUGCAACGCAGACGACGUAGACCGUGUCACCAUCAACGCAGUCGGCCGCGAGGCUGAAGACCAAAAGGUGAUCUGCCACCCGUGCUUCCUGCUCCACCGCACGGACAACCUGCAGUCGUGCCAGCCCGCCGCCAUACAGAAACGGGAGAGCAAGAAGCUCCACACGUCGCCGGCAAAGCGCGCUAGGUCGUCUUGCUGACGACUCAUCUGUUGCUAUUUUUGCAUUUCGACUAGUAGGAUAUUUUUUGCUCUUUUUUUGUUUUUUAGCACCACCUAUGCCACGCCAUACGGCCUUUCUUAUUAUCGGUUCGGAUAUUGCUAGUUUUUUUUUACACUCCGCGCCACGCGUGCGUCCGUGCGUGCGCGCUUUUUCCCCGGUUUGUUUACCAGGCCGUCUUAUAUAGCUGCCUCCCCUUCUUUACGGUGUGGCCAUUCCGUUGUAGUAUGUACGUUUCCCUUAUUAGCUGUUGUUAUCGUCUUCCUUUACGAUUGAUUCUGAUUUUAGGGGUUCUUUUCAUGCAACUCGGUUUUUCCAUUUGCCUAUUUUUCUUUUUGUCGCAUUUUUGCGGUUGGUUUGGAGAUAUUAUCUUCUUUUUUUUCGCACCACGCUUGCGUGCGUGCGUUCCUUUUUCCAGGUUUUAUUCGCGGGCUUCCCGCAAUCAAUAUGUCCUUACUUUACUUCUUCUCCUUCGACGUGGUGGAUGAAUGAAUGAAUGGUUUAUUUUUCAUUAUACCACACUCUACUACAAUGUACUGCUGUUGUUACUCCUGUAUGCAGUGCCGGCGUUGUGGUUCGAAUAGACUACGAGAACUUCAUUCAGC